UUUUCACGGAGUGCUUUCAAGUGAUUCAGCUUAAAAAAGAGAGAAAUAAUUUUAAAACUUUUCUAAAAAUUAGUUUUAAUAUUUUGAAUAAAUAUUUCUUAAGUUAUUUAUGCAAUCAAAAGUAUUUUACAGAAAAAAAUGGGUUCAAACAGAAUCAAAAUCACACUAAUAAAACUUUAUUUUUUUAUUUGAAUUAUCAUCAUCUGUGUUUGGCUUCUUGGUAACCGGAGGUAUGCGUCUCUCUAAUUGAGAUGGAAAAAUUGUUCCUCUAGCUGCUCCUCUGUUGUUCAUGUGAUAGGUUGUUUUGUCUAUGUGUGUGAGAGCGCAUAGAGGAGUGUGCGAGCGUUUGGAUCCCUCCUCCCCGGCGCUCUGCCGGCCCCUUGGUUGCUUUAAGUCCUGCCCCUCGGAGCCAGCCAACAGCAGCUGUUCCAUAUUCAUCAAGCCCUUGAGUCUUAAAGAGCCCUAUCCCGAGCAUGGAAAGAGUCAUUCCUCUCGCUCGCACUCUCAUGCUCUCUCCAUCUUAGCGCUCAUCCCGCUGCUCCCUGCGCUUCUCCGUCUCUCACCCCUUUUUACCUCUCCGUCUAUCUGUCCCUCCUCCCUUCACUCUUUCCUGGCUCUCCCUCUCUUCCUCACUUAGACAAACACUCUUUCUCUGUCUCUCUUCCACUCAUAUAUACACAAACACACACACACACAACACACAUGCGCACACACUCAAUCCAUCAGUCCGACAUACCUGUGCAGGCUGGGGGGGAGUGUUGCUGGAGGGGCUUUUCGGCAGCGUUGUCUCUGAGGGUGCUGUGCCAUCAUUUGGGGAAGAAGCGGGUCUCAGUUGUUUUCUCUUUUCUCUUCUUCUCAUUCCUGGAAUGCUAAAACUGGACUGAUGGACAUUUCAGAACUUUGUCUUCCAGACCCUCUCAGCUAUCAUAACCAGGCUUUGUUGUCCAAUUCAUUAGAGAGAUUCCUGACUCCAAUGGCUACGCUGGAGCCGUCACAUUUCUGGCUGCUGAACAGAAUGGCUGCUGAUGAACGGCAUCUGCCCUCCAGCUGUGGGUCCUACAUCAAGACAGAGCCAUCCAGUCCGUCUUCGGUCAUCGACACCGUCAGCCACCACAGCCCCAGUGGCAACUCGGAUGCCAGCGGAGGCUAUGUCAGCACCAUGAACAGCCACUCCAACGGCCUGGACUCUCCGCCCAUGUUCACCCCCAGCGGGCUCGGCGCCGCCACCUGCCGCAAGCGCUAUGAUGACUGCUCCAGCACCAUCAUGGAGGACUCAUCCAUAAAGUGCGAAUAUAUGUUGAACUCCCUCCCCAAGAGGCUGUGCCUGGUCUGUGGAGAUAUAGCCUCGGGGUAUCACUAUGGGGUGGCCUCUUGUGAGGCCUGCAAAGCCUUUUUUAAAAGGACAAUACAAGGUAACAUAGAAUACAGCUGUCCCGCCACAAACGAAUGUGAGAUCACGAAACGGAGACGCAAAUCAUGUCAGGCCUGUCGCUUCAUGAAAUGCCUCAAAGUGGGGAUGCUCAAAGAAGGUAAGAAGAGAGUUCGUCUGGACCGCGUGCGAGGGGGCAGACAGAAAUACAAGCGGAGACUGGAUUCAGAAAACAAUCCAUAUCUGGGCUUGACACUCCCUCCUCCCACCAAAAAGCCCCUCACAAAGAUAGUGUCUCACCUGUUGGUGGCAGAGCCUGAGAAGAUCUAUGCAAUGCCUGACCCCACCAUGCCGGAGAGCGACAUCAAGGCUCUCACCACGCUGUGUGACCUGGCUGACCGCGAGCUGGUGGUGAUAAUCGGCUGGGCUAAACACAUCCCAGGUUUCUCCACCCUCUCUUUGGGAGAUCAGAUGAGCCUGCUGCAGAGCGCCUGGAUGGAGAUCCUCAUCCUCAGUAUUGUGUUCCGCUCGUUGCCGUACGAAGACGAGCUGGUCUACGCCGAGGACUACAUCAUGGACGAAGAGCACUCGCGGCUGACGGGGCUGCUCGACCUCUACGUCUCCAUACUGCAGCUCGUCCGCAAAUACAAGAAGCUCAAAGUGGAGAAGGAGGAGUUUGUGACCCUCAAAGCCAUCGCUCUCGCCAACUCAGAUUCCAUGCACAUAGAGGACAUGGAGGCAGUCCAGAAGCUCCAGGAUGCUCUCCACGAGGCCCUGCAGGACUUUGAGAGCAGUCAGCAUCAGGAGGACCCACGGCGGGCCGGAAAACUGCUCAUGACCCUGCCGCUGCUGAGGCAGACUGCCACCAAGGCCGUGCAGCACUUUUACAGCAUCAAGGUGCAGGGCAAGGUGCCCAUGCACAAACUCUUUCUGGAAAUGCUGGAGGCCAAGGUCUGAUUGAAAGGUGGCUCCCUGGCCACUCCAUCGGUGGAGGCUGUUUUGAGGAAAGGAAGAGAGACUUGAACCAAGAAUGAGCCAUGUCAGAAGAGGGACAUCACCUCUGAAGGACAGAACCUCUUUUACUUCUGCUCUUCAUAAAAAACAGGACUGUAAAAUUAAAAGAAAAAAAGCAAGAAAUGCAAAACUUGGUUAUUAGUAUAAAUAUGAAAAUGAUGCAGAUUAAUUUAAAAUAUAUAAGAAAUAGUAUGUACAGUUAUAAUUCUUUGUUAAUUGUCAGUGGUCAUGCUCUAUAUGAACGAGGAUCCUUGUUCCCCUUUAGGAUCUUCAGUCCAGAAGACAUGAAAAAAUUACUUUUUUUUUUUCAGAAAACGUGAUAAAAAUUGUCUUCUCUAAAAAGUGAGAACUUCAUAGGCAAACUUGCUUGUCUCACAGCUGUGGUUUCGCUUGGACUUGGCCAGGACAUGUAAAUAUUUAUUAUUUGAAAGGGCGAAGUGUACAGUUUAAAGUUUGGGUGAUUUCUUUUUUUUUCUUUUUUCUGUUGUACUUAUGAUCUCAUUCAGAAAGAAAAAAAAAGAGCAAAAACUAUGAACAUUGUUACUUAAAUGUGAACUCCUAUCAGUUUAACUGUCCUUGAAUAUACCUCUCCACAGCAGUAAGCAGUGUGACCUUUGUAGAUCUGUCAGCCUGGAAGACUUGCUGGUCCCACAUCUAUCCAAACUAGCAUAGACAGGUGGAAAAAAAAUAAAAAAAAAGGUCAGGCAUCUUAUUCUGUAGUAACACAGCAAUAAUAAAGGGAGCUGUUGGGAAGCUGGGCUUAAUUUCCUCUGUUUCAUGUGCUUUUCAAUGCUGCUGUUGUGCAAAGACCAUGCCUGUGAGUGUCUCAGUUUAAACCGCAAACUGCGUUUGUGUGUCACAUUUCCCUUUCCACGGCGGUUGUGUCGGUGCCGCACUCCAGAUUUGGCCGUUGGUUAAGCCGGUGAAAAUUGACAUUCAAACAAACGACCCGAUCCGCUCUGUGGUAAAAGAUAAUGAGCGGGUGAGUUAUGGCAGUUUCAAAGGAUUUAUGCAGAGUGGCAGAAGUCCACGGGAUUCCUUGUUCAAACAAUCAGAGGCCCCACAUGUCAGCCACUCUAUUUUGGGCACUUUUAAGCCUGUGGCAGAGUCAUCCUGCAAGCGGGGAGCAAGGUGUCCAGCAUCUGCUCUCACCAUUUUAGACACCUCCUGUCUUUUAAUAGCUCCGCCUGCAUUUAUAGAGCUUCAACCAAACAGAGGUAGAUGGCAGGUGCAGAGUCAAAGCGCUGGCUCUUCACACGGGGUUUAUUUCGAGCUGGCAGGAGGACAGUUGUCCGGGCAGCCAGGAGUACACGUGGAACACUUGACUGCAUGUUGACACGGUGGCCACUGUGGAGCAACGCCCAUCCCAUCGGCCUGGAGGCGGCAGCUGUGAGGGAGCGUGCACGUGUGACUAGCUAUGCAAGAAACAAAGUGUCAGCAAGCCUCUGAGGUUAACAGCAUCCUGACAGUGUGUCUGUACAAGGUGUGAUCUCUACUGGGAGGAUGAUCUCACUCUCCCUUCUGAUCCUGCUCGGCCACAGGUCCUUUAUGCCGGUGUAGUCCCGAGUUCUGCGUGAUAAAUUGUCCCAAACGAUCAAAGGAGUCCCUGACAUUGUGCAGAGCGCCGUGGUGUUUGUGACAUCAAAGGGCAGCAGUGAGCUUUCAGCCGACAGCUUGAUUGGUUGAAUUCCCACCAUGAUCAAACUCGCGCCUCCAAUUUCAAUCAGCUGCUGUCCAGUUUGCAGGCUAACGCUGGAAAAGGGUUAACCAACUAUUGUUACUGUUGUGCAAUACAGCAGGGACCAAUUCUGACUGAACCCAUGCUAUAAGCAUUGCUUAAUCUUACAUCUGGGAGAAUCUGUUUGCCAUACAGAGAAAUAUUCUAAUCAAAACUGUGUAAUUUGUGUAUCCAAAUGAUAAUUAAUUUAAUUAAAAGUGCAGAAAAACUAAGCAUUUUGUGAUUCAAAAGAAUCUCAAUAAUUUAUUUGUUUCUUUCCUAUGACUGUACGUUGAGUAAAGACAAGUCAACUGUGUCUACAUGUGUAAAUAUAUAAGCAUCAAUACAAUAGGUUGCCGAAAUACCACUUGAGAUAAAAGUAUGCAGCACCCUGCUCACUACUACCUCAUUGUCAUGUUGAUGUUUUCCUGAUAAAACAUUUUGUGCUCUGUAAUAUUCUCAUAUCCAGGACGUACCCGAGCCAACCUGUUUUUUUUUUUUUCAAGAAUCGAAAAAAAGAAAAUACUCCUGCCAGAAAAACUGUUGAAUUGUGGCUAAAGCUUCCCCUAUUUUGAAAUGCAUGCUUCAUGUUGAACUUUUUAGUUGACCAUCAAUGUCCCCCCGAUUAGUUUCUGAGCAGGUGUGUUGAACAUCAUUGUGUCAGAAUUGGUCCCUCUAAUGACAGAUUGCAAACAGAGGCAGGUAACUGAUCUCCUAUCUCUGUGCUUUGAGUAUUUAUGGUGUGAAAUUUAUCAUUUGGCAUUGGUGUACAUUGAUAUCUCUGAUUGUUGAUUCAACAAUAUCUGUGUAACUUUGAUUUUUAAAAGGUAAAGGAUCAAUGAAUUAAAUACUCACUGAACUCUGA